GAAAAUAAAAGGAAAAUAAUUCAAAGGCUUACUGUUCGUUUUUGCUUAGUGAAUCGUUGUGUGGGUGCUCGAGCUCUCUGGCUAUGGCGGAAGAAGAUGAUUACAUGGGGGACCUCUCUCAGUUCCUGACUCCAGAAGCCUCCGGCCCUCCAGGAAUUUUAUCCAAAAAGAUUUCUAAUAGCAAAAACCAAAGUAUUCAACCCUCUAAGAAAAAAUCCAAAGCACUAAACUGGCAAGAACAGCGUAAACUAGAUAGGGAGAGAAAGCAGCAGGAAGAGGAUGAGAAAACCUUGGCCAAAAUAGAGGCUGCUCCUAUUCCACAAUCCAACAUAGGAUUCAAACUUUUAAAACAAAUGGGGUAUACCCCAGGCUCAGCUCUUGGCAAAGAGGGAUCAGGCCAGGCUGAGCCAGUGAAGAUUGACAUUCGGCGCUCACGAGCUGGAAUUGGGCGGGAGGACCCGCAUAAGGAGAAAAGGAAGAGAGAAGAGAUGAGGACUUGGGCAGAGAGGAGGAAUGAGAAGGUUAUGAUGGAGGAGUUUGGGUCUAGGAAAAAGUCACAGUGGCGGAGUCGGAGAGUUGUGGUUAAUUUUAAGAAGGCGCAGGCUGCUUUGGAUCAAUUGGAGAAUAAGGAAGUUGUGCCGCCGGAAAAGAAUGAAGAUGAAGAAGAGGAGGGUGGAGAGGAGGAAGAGGAAGAGGAAGAAAUUACAGAAGAGGAUUUGCUAGAGAUAUUGAUGAAACUGAGAGAUGAGCAUCGAUACUGCCUCUUUUGUGGAUGCCAGUAUGAAUCAAUGGAGGCACUAUUAUCCCACUGCCCUGGAGCUGAUGAAGAUGACCACUGAUCUAAGUUCCCUAAUGCUGUGGACACCCAGACCUUCUGCCUUGUUUGAAUAGAGAAUACUGAGAGGUAAUGCAACUCUUCUUUGGAGAUGGAUGCACUUGCUUGUUAUGGAGAUUUUUUUUCAUUCUUUUUACCGAUUGACUUCGUAAGAUCCUAUCCUCCGAUGUGCAACUCUCUGAGUGAAAAACCAGUAGGAAGGCACUGAAGUUGCUUACUCAGAUAUUCAAUUGAAAGUUGCAGCAAGCUAACCCUCAUAACUAUGUUGGGAAAAUCCCUAUAAUCGAGAUUGUACUAAAUCACACCUCUGUGAGUUCUGUUUGAAAUAUCUCCCGAGUGUGUGGAUAAAUAACCAUAUGUACACAAUUAUAGAACAUGUGGACGACAGAUUAGGCUGGGCUUUGCCCCGAAGUAAUUGUUCUUUGUUAGUUCUUUUUUGUUUUUGUGGAAUUUCCUCAGAGCAGGAGUUUGUACAUGUAUAUAGAAGCUCAGUGCUCAACAAUAAACUAGGGUACUUUAUUGAGAUUUG